AUGCCUUAUAUAAUGAUAAUGGGAGGUUUAAGUGCACCUCACCUUUCUAAGGAUGAAGGAGCUACUGUGUAUGGACUGAAAAAGGACGAAAGGGCAUCCGUCGUUAGGGAGCUGAACACAUCAUUGGGAAUAACUGCAGCUGUAUCAUCAGAUUCAGAAAAAACUGUUCGCGUCACACAAAAAGGUAUGACACUCGUUGUCGUUAACCGAUUACACAGUUUAUUGGGCUACGACGUAGUUUCUCAUUCAAUGGCCAUGACAAAUGCAAACAGAGAACUUGUAUCAUUCACUAUGUAUAAAAAGAGUAGCCCCAACUCGCAUACACACAGUCAUAGUGGAACUAGUUCUCAUAAACCUCAUUCGCACGGUAACGUCGUAAACCUCUGA